GAGCCCCGACUCUCGGUCUGAACAUUAACAGGCAUCGCUUGCUCUACAGGUUUUUGAAAGCAUAAGGACCUUAUCUUUCAUAUCGGCUAGAAAUAAUAAAAAUAUAUAUUUUAAAAGGCUACAUUGAUACACACUUUUAUAGGGUUAGAGUUCCCACACGUCCGUAUUUCCAUGUCACAGCGCUUGGUAGAGGUUAAGAGAAAACAGACAGAAGACAGAGUGGACGACCUGAUGAAUUAUCCGAGUCUCUGAACCUAUGUCAACAAAAAUACUAUUUUUUUUAAAUGUUGCAUUUGUGAAAUUAUUUUGAUGUGAAAGUUGAAAGGAGAGUUAUGUUUCUAGAACCGUAGAGCAAUCGAUUCAUGUCCAGAUGGGAGUAUUUAGCUGGUUUUGGCUUCCAGAGCCAAAUCACCCUUUUAACAGAACAUUGAAGCAGAGUCCAUCCGUGUUGACGGAAAAGGACAGAGAUGUCUGGAGAUGUGUCACACAGGCCCUGUCCCUGUUCAGCAGAUCAUAACAACAGAAGAAGAUGCUGGAGAUGUCAACUCCACGGGGAUUUUACCCUCGACCAAUAGGCAAUCUAUUAUACCGGACACUGGUAGCAAAGACACACAGACAGACAGUGAGGAUUAGUGACAAUGUACCGUGUUGUGUGUCAGAGAGAGAAUUUCCUAAACUGUGCGCAGCUACAAUGUACCACUUGUGGUUUGCCACAGGCCCCAAUAUAACCUUCUUAGUCAUGUUAAAGUUACAUAUGAAUAGUGGUAUUUAGAGUUUUACAUAUGAUGAGAAAGUGAUGUAUUCACAGCAUCCCAUCAUAUCACAUGACUCUAAACAGAGGAAUACAGCAGUGCUUGACAACAACAGCAACAGCAACAACAACAACAACAACAACAACAACAACAACGUUCCUCUUUCUAGGUAUUGCCACAAAACCAACCUUUCACAGACAUAAACAUGUUCUAGUAACGUUAGUUCUGUGGCAACAAAAAACAAACUGUGUUCAUAUUUCCAGACUCAGUUACUGACAAGAGAGAGUGCUGUGUUUUUGAAGAGGGGAAAGAAAGGAGAGUGAACGAAACAGAGGAGAGAGAGAGGGGGGGGUAGAUAGAUAGAGAGAGGUAGAGAGAAAGGGAGAGAGGUAGAGAUAUAGAGGUAGAGAGAGAGGGGUAGAUAGAGAGAGAGAGGUAGAGAGAAAGGGAGAGAGAGGUAGAGAGAAAGAGAGAGAGGUAGAGAUAUAGAGGUAGAGAGAGAGGGGUAGAUAGAGAGAGAGGUAGAGAUAUAGAGGUAGAGAGAGAGGGGUAGAUAGAGAGAGAGGUAGAGAUAUAGAGGUAGAGAGAGAGGGGUAGAUAGAGAGAGAGGUAGAGAUAUAGAGGUAGAGAGAGAGGGGUAGAUAGAGAGAGAGGUAGAGAUAUAGAGGUAGAGAGAGAGGGGUAGAUAGAGAGAGAGAGGUAGAGAGAAAGGGAUAGAGAGGUAGAGAUAUAGAGAGGGAUAGAGAGGUAGAGAUAUAGAGAUAUAGAGAGAGAGGAGGACUGGAGAGUGUAAACAGAAGAUAUCCACACAGCAACGGGAGUGGACCGAGGCCCGACCAGGUGUAACAAUCCCGCGACUGGACGGAGGGCGACGGGCAGAGCCAUGGCGAAUAUAGCGGUCCAGAGGAUCAAACGGGAGUUCAAAGAAGUUCUGAAAAGCGAAGAGACGAGUAAAAACCAGAUCAAGGUGGAUCUGGUAGAUGAAAACUUCACAGAGCUGCGAGGAGAGAUCGCAGGACCACCAGACACGCCGUACAAAGGUGGCAGAUUUCAACUGGAAAUCAAAAUCCCAGAAACGUAUCCCUUUAACCCUCCCAAGGUGAGGUUCAUCACUAAGAUCUGGCACCCCAACAUCAGCUCAGUAACAGGAGCCAUCUGUCUGGACAUCCUCAAAGACCAGUGGGCAGCAGCGAUGACUCUGAGGACAGUACUGUUGUCCCUCCAGGCUCUUCUGGCUGCAGCUGAACCAGACGACCCCCAGGAUGCAGUAGUGGCCAAUCAGUAUAAGCAGAACCCAGAGAUGUUUACGCAGACAGCCAGGUUAUGGGGCCAUUACUACGGUGGAGCCCCUGUUCCCGGACCAGAAUACACACGGAAGAUAGACAAACUCACUGCCAUGGGCUUCGAAAAGAAUGCUGUAAUCGCUGCCUUGUCUUCUAAAUCCUGGGAGGUGGAGACGGCGACAGAACUACUCCUUAACAACUGAGACCCGGCAAUAAACCCCCUCUGACCUCAUCUCCCAUCUCCUUAUGGUGCCCUCCGAUGCCUUCUAACCACAGCCCAAACUGAGCCUUGACUGGGGUUGAUGUCCUACAGUUUCCAGCCCUCCCCUCCCCUCCCCGUCCAAGUCACUUCCUGGUAUCCUUUCAGCCCAAACAUCACCCCCCUCUCCACCAAUCCCUUUCUUUUGGUUCUCCGCUUGAUGAACUCUUACUCUCCGACAACCACUGUCACCGCGUGGAGCUCACUGGCUGAGAGAGACGGGAGGACGCGAACCGCCGGACAGCUGGUACCUCUCUCUCUCUCUCCUGACAGAAUGACAGCCACUGUCACCGCGUGGAGCUCACUGGCUGAGAGA